UGAUGAAAUCUCUCCCUCGGUCGGCGCCUGAACUGUACAGCUACGGAGUACAAACCCAGAAGAAAGGAAGUCGUGAAUGUUGAAAGCUUCUUUCAAAACUCACAGACCUUAAUAAUACGUUGUAGUGACUUGUAGAAUUUUGUGAAUUCAAAUAACCAUAGCCUAGAUAAUCGGCAUACUGCCGCGUUCAACGUUCAUUUCGCGUAUUGCCAGCUAAUCCAACGUCACAGCCUUCGAAAGGUUUUCAAGCUAACGUGGGGGAUCUGCUUUAUUUUUUAAAAUGGCCAAUUUUUCAGUGUUUCAUCUGGAUGUUUGCUGUAAGUCGAUGUCCGAUUCAUCUUUUCUUUCUGAAUACAUUACUGGAAAGUUCAUUACUCGAAAGACCUCUGUAAAUCUUCAGCAAAAUGCCAUCAGUGUGAAUCCCGCGGACAAUAUGGACGUCGAUAUGCACUGUGGUUUUACAUGGAGAGCUAACCUUAACCGGCAUGGUGUUCAGCAUUAAGAAGAUGGAUCACAAGAAGAAAUAGAUUUUUUCGAAGAGAUAGGAGAUGCAUCACAAAUCACGAAUGGACUAUGUUGAGUCGUAUUGCUAAUUUGUCAGUUGAACUAAAUUCAUUUAAGUUAUCUAGCUGCUACGGAAUACCAGUAACGUUAGCUAACGUAACGUUCUACACUUAUUAGGUCAGCUAGUCUAGCUAGUCCACGUUAGCUUGUAGGAAUAAGUUCGCUAACGUGCCAGCAAGAGCUAGCUUAUUUAUCAUAUUAGAAGUACUCCAAGUAUCCAAGCUAAGCUAUCAAUGGGGUGGCUACUUUGGAGAAGUUUCCAUAAGAUAUCGUGAUUAAAUAUCGUUAUUAAUGUCUCUUGAGGAACAAUAGUAUUAUAGCCUUAUGGCUGUUCGUUAACAUUAACGUACAGUAUAUUUGCACGACCUAGCUAUCUUCGCUAAUGUUAGCUAGCUCAAGAGUUUCCAUAUGGCACGUUCUAGCGCCUGUUUGAUAGUGAAACCACUAAUUUAGCUUGAAACAAGACACGUCUUGUCAGGGCGUUAAUACAUUAAAUAAGUUUUUUGGUAUGUCAAAUAUGGAUUCAGAGCGACACUACUCAAGGGGGGAAACGACCUCCUCCCUUUCGGGCGGCGGGUUCACGUCAGUCCGACAUGAGAGUACCCAGAGGUCGUGGAUGAACGUGCUGUCUUUUGUAUCGCGGCCAGCCUGGUCACUUCUGCAGAGAUACUUGCCAGGUAACUCGUUGUCUGCAGCCAGUCCACACAGUCAGCUGUGGGAUACGGAAAGCUUCGAUCAGAAAGUAGGGUUUGGACAUAAACUAACACCACUGGAAGACACGCGAUCAAAUCAACAACCACAUCUUCUCCACUGCGAACAUAUAGACAGUGGGGUGCGUCCAACAGUCGAGGUUGGAGCAGUGACUUGGUUGACAGCAGAUAGCCUCUCCGAGAUAGGUAUUCAAAAUAUUGCUGAUAAUGGCACAUCCCAAGCCACGAGUGGAUACCUGUCAUCAGCCAGGAACUUUCUUAGUCAGUUUUUCAUGUUUAACGUUAUCUCAACUCAGGAAGUAAACCGCUCGCAGAGUAGUUUGCUGGACACAAGAGCUGGUUCUGAUGGCGCCAACAGCUGUGUGUCAGUGUUAUCUUGGAGCAGAGAAACGGCCUUGGUGGCGGGCACGAGUGAUGCUAACCAUCACAGCGGCGGCCUUUGUCAUUUAGCUGAGCGAACCACAAUGGCUUCUGUUGCCAAGCCAACCGGCUUAUUCGUACAUUGCGAUGAUGGGAGCUCAAAGCACAGCGAAAGCGCUGGACACUGUUGCCACAAAGCAACCUCAGACAAUGACAGCCUUCACAUGCUCAGGCCAGUUUCGCUACCAAGCCAGCAGCAGUUACGUGACCAGGCAAACGCUGUUAGUCUUCUUGGGGACAUUAGUGUUGUCUGUGCCAGCGGUAGUGAGGUGGUUCUUCUGACCCCAGAGCAGGAUAAUGGCUAUUCGAGUUUGGAAGAGGAGCUCUCGAAUUCCAGGCUUCCCAGCAUGAGAAGAGCUGGAGAGGAGCCGUUAGUGGCCAACUCGGAGGCAAGCGGGGAGGCACAGCAGCACAGCUCCACAGAGCAGCAGCCAGAGUCGGAGAGUGACACUCAGGACCAGCAGCCAGAGGAGGCAUGUGAGGAGGAGAAGCAGCGGCAGCUAGAGGAGGAUGACCAGGCUGGCACAGACCAGGUAGAGGUGUCUGCAGCACCUGAGGAGCAGAGGCUGUCAGCAGCACCAGAGGAGGUGGCAGAAUCAUCUCAGGAGACACAGUGUAGGAACAAGGCUAUUGCUUACAUAAUGGGCAGCCCUUGCAGUGAUGACAGCUCGUCAGGGGAAGACUCAGACGAGGACAGUGAUGGUAGUGAGGAUGAUGAUGAUGGUUUCAACAGUGAGUGCUCAUCUUGCUUGUCUGACUCUGAUAGCAGUGAGGAGGAAGAAGACAAGGACGACGACAAUGACGAGCAGUCGGACGCUGAAGAGUUUGAUGUGGAGACGGAGCGCCUGUGGAACUCCCUAUGCCAAAACCGAGACCCUUACAACCCACGCAACUUCACCGCCAACAUCUGCACAACACCCAGGAGCUCUCAGGCUCCUCCGGACUCCUCUCCUGCCCCGCUGCUCUCCACUGCCCCACUGUCCACCUCUCCUCUCUCCACAUCCCUGCUCUCCACCUCUCCGUUCUCCGCCUCACCCCUGUCCACAUCUCCCCCGUCCGGUCCGGACGGCUCCUGUGGAAGCGGCGAGGAGGGGGACGAGGCAGAGAGCCUGAGGCUGUGGGACUCGUUCAGCUGCUCCUCAGACCCGUACAACCCCUUCAACUUCCGGGCCACCCUCAGCACUCGAUCGCCCCCCGCGGGGACCUCAGGGAAGGCCUGCUCGGUGCCACGCUACCAGAGGGAGCAGGCCGAGGAGCGCCAGGACAGUGGCUUUGGGGACGAGACGCCUGCUCCACCCACGAGCACUCUUCCCUGCCAUAAGCUUAGAAAGGUACGGUUUUGUGAAGAGGUGGAGGAAUUCUACACCAGCGGCGACGAGGACCGGCACGGGCCGUGGGAGGAGUAUGCGCGGGACCGCUGUCGCUUCCAGCGCCGCGUGAUGGAGGUGGAGGAGAGCAUCUCCUUCUGCCUAGUGCCGGCCUUCCGCCUGCGGGUGCUCCACAGGCUGCAGCUCAGCUGAGCAUGGCUCUCUCUGGAUACUAAUGCUCUUAUAUGUGGACAGACAUGGACUGAUGUUUUGAUGUCAUUGUAUGAAAACCUUGAAAACGCAGUGGAAUAAUGAAGGGUGUUUGGGGGUGGCAGUUUGUAAAGGUGUUAAGGGCUGUAGAGUCACAGCUCAGGGUAGCUCCUCACUGUUGGCUCCAGUGCAGAUCCCUUUCUUUCCCCAUUCAUGUUUGCUGGAACCCACCACACCACACCACACCACCACCACGUACUCACCAGCCUUACGACACAGCAGGGUAUGAAACUGCUCAUUGCAGUGCCAUUUUAGUCUGAGGGUUAGUCAUAUCAAUUAAAUACUUUGAUCAAAUGAAGGUAACAAAUCAAUAAAUCAUAAAGUCACACAAAAACGUGAAAUUCUAUAUCAUCUCCAUUAGAUUUUUUUUUAAAAAGCACUUAAGCAUCAGUGAUUUGUGUGAAAUGUAAAGGAAUUGAGGGAAUUUUAAAAUGUUCCAAGGCAUUCUGUUGUGUUGUCCCUCAUUUGUAUUGAGUCCCUCACAGGCUAAUUGAAAAGCCAAAGAGAAAAGCCCGUCUGGCAGGGUAUGAGUGUUAAAGGUUCAUUUUAAAUUCAGACCACUCAGCAGUAUUUACACGUCUGUUCGAGGGAACAUGUCUGUAUUUAACUGUGUUAAAGAGUUAAGGCUUAUGUGUGAGAGAGUAGGGAGCACUGUUGCAUGACCCCCACCCCCCUCCCCCUCUCUGCCACAGCAGCAUUGGAGUAAGCCAGCAGCGUUUUGAAUAUCUGUGGAAUCCACUGUGAUGUAGUGAACCAGUGAUGGGGAGUGUUAGGGAUGGGUGGGGAUGGGCUCAUAACUGCAGGUGCAUGGGUUUGGAAGGUUAUUGGAAAAUCUUAUCAUAUGCUUGAUGUUAAAAGCAUAUAGUAACCUGGAUUUUUUUUUCUGUCAGAACAACUAAUAUAAUUAAAACAAUUGUUUUAUUUUUGUAAAAAAAGUACAAAGUACAUAUAUUUAUGUAAAUAUACAUACAUAUAUAUCCACAUAUAGGAGUAUUGUACUGCAUUUGUGUGGGGUUUUGUGACUAAUAAGAUUGGUCCUUGAUUGAUUUGAUUUAACAAAUAAAUUAUGAAUGGAA